UCCUCGCUGCUUUGCGCUGGGGAACCGCCUGUGGCACAAAAGUUAACGAUCAGAUGUGUGGCGCCUUCACGUGAACGACCACUUUCGAAUUAUGGCGACUACAGCGUCAAACCGCUACAAUGCUCUCACGUCCACCACAUCCGUUGUGCAUUCAGAACCAGCAAACAUACACCAGGCGACGGCCUUCAGGGAAGCCCAGAGUCUGCGGCAGAGUGAAUACACUCCUCUAGAGGGUACUGGACACUCGCUUGGCCAUGUGCAUCAGUGGUUAUCGGCGCACGGAGAGAGGACAUCGUGGCCGCCCAGCCCCUCCGAGGAACAGGAUGUUAAGCCCGCACUACAAGGUAGCACGGAGGAAUUACAACAACACUCUCCUGGUCUGCAGCAGCAACAGCAGGACCAGUCGCAACCUCAACACCCUGUCCACCAGCCGCUUUCCCCAAACGAGGGAACACAACACGACGCAGAGGCUUGGGAGGUGACUGCCACAUCUCAUGUGCAGCGCAUAUACAAUGUAGACGACCAGAGUCUGGUUUGUUCCCAGUCGGCACACGACAGCCUGAAUGAGGAGGGAAUACACCCUCACAAUUUGAUUGACGCAGAUGAGGACCACCACAGUCCACAUCUGAGCGAUCUGAGUCCGCCGCCGAGCUUUCGGCAUCACCGAGGACACCACGAGAAUUCCAACGAGAAUGUCCCGACUUCGGAUGACUUGGAAUACUUUGCCAAGCAAUUCAAACAGCGCAGGAUCAAGCUGGGAUUUACACAGGCGGAUGUUGGACUGGCACUGGGCACGCUUUACGGUAACGUGUUCUCCCAGACAACAAUCUGCAGGUUUGAAGCACUUCAACUCAGCUUCAAAAACAUGUGCAAACUCAAACCUCUUUUGAACAAGUGGCUGGAAGAGGCUGAUUCCUCCUCCGAAAGUCCAACCAGCCUCGAUAAGAUUGCUGCCCAGGGGAGGAAGAGGAAAAAACGGACGUCCAUCGAGGUGAGUGUCAAAGGGGCACUGGAGAGUCAUUUUCUCAAGUGUCCGAAACCCUGUGCGUCUGAGAUAACUUCACUGGCAGACAGCCUUCAACUGGAAAAAGAGGUUGUCCGUGUUUGGUUCUGUAACAGACGACAGAAGGAGAAACGAAUCUCACCUCAGUGCGGACCGGUCCCUGAUAAAAACGGCAGGUUCGGGGACCUUCCGACGCACAGCGAUACUCAGACAGCUCAGUAG